CUACAUUCAAAAUAGAAAGGUACGUGGUUUCCAUGGGCUGCUAGUCUAAUACUAUUUAUUUUUCAAAAUUUUCCACAUCGAAUUUAACACAACAAAAAAAAGAUUAUGAGAAAUUUGUACAAGUAUUCAUAUAUAGAGCUCUCUUCCUCACACACACACAUUAAGAAAAGUAACCCUAAACUCACCCCACAAAAUAAAGGGUUCACUAAAAGCUCGACGAUCUCUCCUAGCUCCUCCGAGACGGUCCCAGAGGAAGACACUAGAGACUCCAGCGAAGAAGAAGACUGUGAGGAGGAAAACGUAAAAGAUGAAGAAGAAGUAGAAGACUGUGAGGUCGUCAUGAUGAUCUCCAUGUGUGCGGCUUUUAGAGCGGCGGCUUGGAUGUCACGAGGGCUAAGCGAGCUUGGCCGUGGGAAAGAACCGGCGAGGUCAGGGAAGUUGAGUAUCGCGGAUGUUCCUUUGAUGCUCAGAGCGGCUACGUCGUGUGCACGCGCCGCCAUCUCUGGCGAAGGAAACGUUCCGAGCCAUAUACGAGAUUUCUUCCUCGGCUCUCUUAUCUCCGACACCCAUUUUCCCCAGUUCCUCUUUCGGACUCCACGG